GGUUUUUCAGAUUUUCGGAUUGUCGGAUUUUCGGCUUUACGGAUUAGAAGCGAAACGCAAUUUAUUCCUCCUCGGGGCAGGCAGAGAAUUAAAAGUCGGGCAGCAACACAAUAUCUCGUAUCCCAGCGCAUUUGUGGAGCUUUCAUCCAAGGAGAAAUUGCAGACAUUCAAGUUUUUAACGUUAUUAGAAGUGCUAGAGAUGUUGGAAAGUAGUAUUUCUAUAGUUUGAAAAACAAGUGGAUUAACGCUAGCAAAGUUUAGAACUGCAAAACUUACUGAGAAAGCGGAGUGUUUGUCUAUUUAAGCGGGGACUUGAGUUCAUAAAUUAUGUAGCAGAAAAGACAGCAUUUUGUGAAGAGCUUCUGAUUCAAUUUAAACGUAUUAAGUAAACUAUUCUGUGAAUUUCGGUCGCCAAUUAAAAGUGGCCUCUAGUUCAAUUAAUAAACAUGCGCCCAACAAGAAAUUAAUCCAAUUUGCCGAGCAUUGAAACCAUAGUUAUCUGAUACGCCAAUCAAAAGGCAAUUCAUUUAACGAAAAUUGCAAAUCAAUUCGCACUCAAAGGUUGUUUCACCUAGUCAAAACCCCAAGAAACCCCAAAACUCCAAUAAAAGAAGAAAAUAAGUGAAAAAUAAGCAAACAAAGUGAACUAAAAGCAAGGAGCACCAUGUCGCCAGGAGUGGAGCUGCUGCUGCUGCUCCUGCUCAGCCCGUCGCUGCUCGCGGAGAUCUCCCACCUGCCGAUGGCCAACAACCGCAUCAUCCUGGACUCCACGGAGCUGCUGCAGAACCCGCUGGUUCCGGACACCGGUGUGCCGGCGGCCAGGGCGACGCCAGUUGCGCCGCAGAAGUGUCCUUCGCUGCAGCGGUACCGCAAGAUGCUGAAGGACUUCGACGACCUGGAGGACCUCUACGUGGACGUGCCCGUGCACAUAGCUCUGGCGGAGCGGCAGAGGAAGCGAUUUGUGCUGAACCUGAACGACUCGACGCCGCUAACGAUUCGCUUUUCGGCGCCCGUGGGCCGCAAGAUGUACUACAAUCAGACAGGAAACCCCCUCCGGCCGGCGGCAGUGGCACCUGGGCCAGGUGUGGCUGUGGGCAGUCUGGUGCUGCCCUGCGCCCUGCGCGGCCAGUACGACCUCUUCGUCCUCGCCCGCCACUCGGGAGCCCUCAAGGUGGACGCCCUGGCGGAGCAUCCCCAGCACGACUGGCCCCUCCUCAACGCCACGCACCGGAUCGCCAUUCGCACCCAGAACCGCGUGCGGAAGCGCGAGAUGAUCGUCAAGUGGGAAAUGAGCAAGUUCGAUUUCCAUGCCAUGCACUAUUGCCUGGUGAUUCAGCGACUCUCCACGGACACGCCGCGGAUGAGCUUCAGCCACUUCUGCCAGGCGGUGUCCGCCUACGCGGAACAGCGACCCAUGACUCCCAGUUGCGCGGCGGCAGGUGGUCCGCUGGAGGGGAUUUGGGGUACACCACCGCAGCGGGAACGGCGGCUCAAUCCCCGCCAGAAUGUGCACAUCGUGUGCACGGGGAAGAGGCGCCAGCAGCUGCUGCGCCGCCUGCUCCCGCGGAGCAGCUACCACCUGGACCUGUUUGGCGUCCACCAGGGUCGCCAGAACCUCACCCUGCGCCUGGCCAGCAGCCAGGUGAACUUCAACCGCACCCAACCACUGGUCCUGAAGCAGCAGGCCCUGAUGCAACUCAAGAUCGGCGGGCAGCACGGCAAGCAGGUGUACAGCUUCAAGGUGCCGCAGACGACACGGCAGCUGGGGGAGCCAUUCAUGAGGCACCUCCUGAUCCCCUGCUCGGGCAGCGAGAUCCGGGUGAAGCUGCUGCGCCAGCGCAGCGAGGUGGGCCAAACGGAGGCCUUCUACAGUCCCACGUACAUUCGGCAGAAGGGAGUGCUUCCGGGGCAGCGGUAUCUCAUGCGGUUCGAGCCCAGCAACGACGAUGAGGCGUUGCGAGCCCAGAAAGUCAUGGUGGCCCUGAGCAGCGAGGCUCUGUUCCGGGAUUUGCCCGAGCUGCCGCAGAACACCACGGUCUUCAAUGUGCGCACGCGGUGCAGCAGAGCCACCAUUGCCUGGAAUGGCUCGCCGGAUGAACGCGAGCUGAGCUACUGCAUCAUUGUGUUCAACCUGCCACAGCGCAACCGCAGCGUGGUGGACUUCACCAACUACUGCAUGGACUUUGCGCCCAAGCGGGUGACGCACUACAGGAACUUCGCGCUGAUGAACUGCAGGGAGCGGCAGCAGAGCAGUGCGGACAACAUCGAGACGGAGACCAUACUGAACCUGAUGCCGGGCUACAGCUACCAGGUGUACGUGACCGCCAACCUGAGCAUGGGCAAGACGCUGCCCUACCAGGCGCUGACCCUCCACAUGGCCAGCCAGUGCCUGGACGGAUCGCACGAGUCCUUCUACUAAGCGCUACUCCCCAAACCACAAGCCAACCAAACCCAAAGCCCAAAGCUUCGCUGCAUUUUCGAAUACAAACACUGAACUAUCCGUCGUUGUAAAGCUACCUUAUCCACUACGAUUACUACCUACUACUAUCCUACAAGAACUAUGCUGGUUAAAAGACUAUACACCUAGCUCCAUAUACGAGUACUAUAUAUAUGUAUAAACAUAUAUAUAUAUACAAUAACAAUAGCGAGGCAUGUGUUGUGUGGGCGCGAGUGAGUGUGUGCGUGUGACUUCUGAUUGAGUUGCCAUUUGAUUCCAAGUAUUCGCGAGUGCUUAGUUUUGUAAUUUUUGUAAGUUUUGUAAUCCGUAUUCGUAGCUAGCCGUUAAAUGUUUAUAAACUGUGUAUAAACUGUUUCAUUGGUUGCCCACUCCGCUUUAUUCGAUAAGCUCGUUUUCUAGAUUCUAGCCCUAGCACUCCUAGUUUAAUGUUUAACGUUAAUGAUAGUUUCGCUGUUAAGUUUACACCGUAGUCGAGGCGUUUUGAGUAGUUCUUUUGUACAUUAAGCUUACAGUUAGCUCUACACUAGAUUGAUAUAUGCAUGUACCAUGUCGGACAUGCGAACAAACGAACAUAUAUGUUGAAAGCAUUGAAGCGUUGAAAGCGUUGUAUUUUUUGAAGCCGAACUUAUGCAACCGAAAGGAGACAAUAAACAAACAAAUGUGCUAUACUCGUAAAGGACGAAGGUGUCGCAAAUAAAUGUGAACCACUGCUACCGAA